AUGGAUGAAGAGACUCCAUGUUAUUUUCUCACUCGUCUCCCUGGCGAAUUGAGAGCUCUUAUCUACGAACACGUGCUCGCCUUCGAACGACCACUGAAGCUGCGGCAGGUUGUUGCCGGCUCACCAAAUACUGGAAUUCUGCGCGCAAAUCGCCAGGUACACAAUGAAGCUCUGCCGCUUCUCUAUGACCUCAACAACAUUAUGGUGACCCGCAAUGACUUCUGCCACUAUACCGACUACGACCUUCAAACUCCGUUACGAAGAGAUCAGGUUCGGCAUCUUCUCGUCAAGAACUUCUCGCAAUCAAUCAAAUGCAGCUCAUACUCCGGAGGAAAUCAUAUGUAUCUGGCUGGCUGCUGCGAGGUUUGUCAGCCAACUGCUGUAGGGUUCAUUAAUGCUCUCUCCGAACUGCCUCGGCUGCAAUCCGUGGUUGUCGACUACCACUUCCAUCAGUCAGAAUUUGGCUACAUGAAGGACGUAAUAAAGCGAAAUGGAAUGCUUGAGCCUCUUCGUCGAAAUCGCUCGCUUCAAUGUACCGGCCUCGGACAAUGGCGACUGCAAGGCACGAGCAUAUCCGACAAGCUCUCUAUCACUUUUGCCGACGUCGCUCUGAACACUCUUUGGACCAUCUUUUCCAGCUUUGGCAACCAGCUCUCCAUCUAUGGCAUCCCGAAUGAGCCGCAGAUCCUUGAGGGCUUGCGUGAAGACAUCAAUCGCGACCUUCCGGACAAGUUGUUCUUCAUCCACUGCGCCAGGAAAUGUGUCCUCUGGCCUGUUGUAUUCGAGAAGAUUGCAGAGACAUGGAAAGCUGUGGAUGAUGCGAAGGCGGAAGGUCGGGAUGCGUCAGAAGAGCUGGAGGCACUCACCAAUGAAGUCCUUCGCUUCUGCAGAAGACAUACUGCUGAGGAUGCUCGGAUGCAACUGCAAUUGCUUAGAUUACGAGUGAGGUGCCAGAUCAAUGACCCGCUGAGCAAAUCACAGCGAGGGUAUCUGGUGAGGACUAGUGUGAAAGUGAAGAGACUUGGCAAAGUGAUUCAAAAAAGAGGUAGUGCGAAAUUCCAAGUAUAUCCUGCAGGAAUAACCUUGGGCCGAACCUGCGUUGACCACUCACAACACGGGGCCUCUUGCAAGUUGGUGUACAGCCCAAAGCAAGAAUCAUACCACUAG